AUGAAGAGCUUGAUUUUUGCUGCGGCAUCAUUGCUGUUUGGCACCAUUUACGCGCUCCCCUCCAAGACUGCCAGCGAGCCAUUCUUAACACAAGUGGACAACACAACAUGGGUCCUUGGCAAUGAGAUCUGGAACGUUACUCAGCAGCAGAUCUACGGGAUCAAGCUGAUGUACAAGGGAAGAGACUGCGUUGGGGAGGCUGUUGGCCACUAUGUAAGCUACAACGGCGCAGCGUCUAAUUUGCAGUGGACCUCGGCGUCCAUCACCAAACGAGGUACCUACCAUGGCAAGCAAUAUAUCGAUGUCUCAUUCACUGCCGCAGAGGGAGACAUGCAUUGGGUCAUUUUCUCUGGUCUGUCAGGUGCCUAUCAAUAUUUUGUGAACCACGCUCUGCCCACGCUUGGUGAAUUCCGGACACUCUGGCGGCUGGAUAAUACGACAUUCACAAAGGGUAGAACGAAUAUAAAGGACGAAGAGCUACCGCCCUUGAGUGAAUACCUGCCCGGGAACAAGGUUCAGGAUGAGACGUGGUUGAAGCCCGAUGGAAGCGGUUAUAUCACCAAGUAUGACUUUACUGCCUGGUCCAGAAACCAGGAUUACUUUGGUGUAUAUGGAGGCGGGUUCGGGAGCUGGUACAUUAACGCUGGGAAGGACUAUUACAAUGGUGAUCACUUGAAGCAGGAGCUGAUGGUCCACCGAGAAUCAUCCACCGGAGAUGCCGUGCAGCUGAACAUGAUUCAUGGCACUCACUUCAUGGCCUCCUCUUCCGACGUAUUCCCAGAUGGCAAGAUGUGGGGACCUUGGCUUUGGUAUCUCAACGAUGGCGACAAGCAGGAUGCAGCCAAACGAGCCGCAGAGGAAUUCCGCUCUUGGCCAUACACCUGGCUGGAUGACGAAGAAUACCACAGUCGUGGCACUGUACGAGGCAAAAUCAUGCUCUCUGACGGGCGCCCUGCUAGCAAUGCCGCCGUCUUCCUCGGCGACAACGACCCGAAUAAAACUUCUUUGGAUAUGGGCUCAACAUACUACUAUACCGCAUACGCUGAUAGAAAUGGCAACUUCGAAUUCUCCAAUGUUCGCGCUGCUACGUACGGUCUGCAGGCCUGGUCCAACGGGAGUUCCAUCGCAGAUGUGACCACUUCCCUUCACCAGAAUGAUGUUACCGUGAAGAAGUCUGCGGAGACAAGCCUCGGCAGCCUCACCUGGGAAGUGUCAACAAAGGAGAAACUCUUCCAGAUCGGUGACUUCGAUCGCUACAGUUAUGGCUUCUUGCACGGUGGAGCACCCCACCAGCACGCCCUUGUCGCCUCAUGCCCAGCCAAUCUAACAUAUAUCAUUGGCGAGUCGAAGCCGCUCGACUGGUGUUUCGGACAGACAUACUUAGGUAACUGGACAGUGCGAUUUAAGGCCCCGGCUGCCAGUCAGUCUGCGGCUCCCAAUCUGAUCGUUUCACUGGCUGGAUACUCCUCAGGAGCUAGCACUAACAUCCUCGUCAAUGGAGUUCGGGUUGGCAAUAUGACUAGCGGUUCCUCUUUGCUGCCCUCCGACCCAUGCUUGUAUCGCUCUGCAACGGGUGCAGGAGAGUGGCAUUUGCUUGAGUACUCCUUUGACAAGGCAUUGCUGAAGGAGGGUUGGAAUGAGCUUACUUUCAACAUGGUGAGGAACACUACUUGGCAUGGGUUCAUGUGGGAUAGUGUUGUCCUGGAGUGGUGA